UGCUAACCGUAGUACUACCAUUACAACGAUAAAAAGCUCCAACCGGACUGGAAACCUCCUCAAGUAAUAAUAUAAGAUAACUACCUGAAAGUUAUAUUCUAAAGCUGACUCGAAUAAUACCGUAUAUACCCAUCCAUAACCAUAUAUAUGCAAGAUCUUACGGAAUGGCUUCCCCAACCCUACCACCUGUUAUCUCACUUCAGGGGGCUGAUGAUAGUAAAAUCGAGUCUGUACUCGAUGUACUUUUCGAGCCGUCCCAGGAUCUUCACCUCAUAGCCAUUCCAGCGAUCCGCAACACCCCUUUCUCAUCUUAUUCGUCUCUCAUCGAACAUGUUGGGAGUCUCCUAUUUCAGCUAGCAGAAAACCCUACUACUGCCGACUCGAGAGCGGAGUUACAUGCAAUCCUGGGCUCACAUCCGCGCCUGGGUGAGAAGAAGGUAGAGAGUGCGCAGAGUCGGGCUGAGCAGGCACAUCUUAAAUCAUCUGGUGCCUCGGGCGAUAAGGAAGAAGAGGCUGCAAGGCUUAAAGCUCUGAAUGAGGAGUAUGAAUCCCGGUUCCCCGGAUUACGAUACGUAGUAUUUGUCAAUGGCCGAAGCCGUGAAACCGUUAUGAAUAAUAUGCGGGAGCGUAUUGACCGCGGCGACAUAUUCGCCGAGGAGCGAGAAGCUAUCCAGGCGAUGGUCGAUAUUGCUCUCGAUCGCGCGAAAAAGCUCCAGGCUACGGACUGAAAGGAUGUCCAAUCCAGAUCUUAUUCAACAAAAAAUUGUGGAGGAACGUAGACGCAUUGCCCAUUUAGAGGCGAGCCAUAUGCUUCUCAAACAAGCUCGCGAUCGUUAUCAACUCCUAACCUAGGCCAUGUAUAAGAAUAUGCGAGCACGUAUAUCGUAUCGCACACUGACAACUAGAACUAUUAAGUGUUCAUACCCUGGACUCUUAGAAGCACCUUUACUUACCAAUUCACUCCGGAAAUCAACGAGAAGAAGUUGUAGUUUACUGAUCGUCUAUCAUCGUAGGGAACAUAGUAUAUGACA